AUGUACCGUCACUUCGCGCUUCCGCUGCUUGCUGCAGCGUUAUGCGCAACCACAGGUGCAAGUCUUCAACGUAGCCAACCUGGCUCGCUCAAUCUGGUAGAAGGGUACAGUCCUACCCAAAACGUUCGACUCAGGAGUCACGCCGAUGACGAAGAGAGAGGUGUUGUUGAUGCCGUCGCGGAGACGGAAGCUGCAGUGUCGGCAAUUUCGUCGAAAAUGCGUGGGAAGCUCUCGAUGGCAAAUGAGAGAACGAAGGAAUACCUGGCUAUGCUUCACCUUGACAACCCACCAGUGGACUACGUCUUUAUGCACAAACCCUGGGUCACCCAGCUGCAGUCAGUUUCCGAUGAUGCAGCGAGAGUGGCUGUGGUCAAGGCACUGACAGACCAUUACGGAGAGGAAGCGAUGGUGUCGGCGAUCAUCGCGGCAAAGAAUAUCAAGAAUGAGAAGGUCAAGAAGGUCGCAGGCAUUGUGCAGACCGCGCUGGUACAGAUGUGGGUAGCGCACAGGAAAUCAGCCCUUGACGUUUUUCAAGGUCUCAAGCUGAAUGAAGCAGUUGAAUGGGGUCAAGUCGAGGCCUCGUUGGCGGUGAAAGCCGCUAAGUUCUUCAACAACCCCAAGUUCGCAAUCUGGACAACGUUCGUCUACAAUCUCAAAGAAGGGGAUGCUCUAAAGGCGGAUAUAGAGAUUGUCAAAACCUUGACCAUCUUCUACACCGACGGUCCGCUCGCCAUGAUGCUCUUUGCAGCAAAGGAUGCCCAGGAGACGGAAGAGGUGGCCACGAAGUUGAUUGAGGCGCAGCUGUACAAUUGGCUGGUGGACGAAAACCAAACGUGGAAAGUAUACGCCUGGAUGGGUAUCAGACAAAAACUGCUCAACCCUAAGAAGAAAGCGCUGCAUCGGAAGUACAGGGAGUUGUACAAUGACGUGUAUGUCAAGGGUACUCUAACGCUCCCAAUGGACGAGUGA